AUGCCGCCGUCGCAGCUCAAGCAGCUGAAGGCCUCUCUCCGCGACACUGGGGUACUGGGCCCCCAGAAGUCCAAGAAGCAAAAACGCCAAAAUGCGAAGGCGGGCGCGAAUUCGCAGAAUCGCGCCCAGCGCGAGACCGCCCUAAACGCCAUCCGAGAACGAUUCAACCCUUUUGAGAUCAGGACAGUUUCUCGGAACAAAUUUGAUGUUACCACUAGAGAUGGGAACUCCAAAUCUGCUGCAGGGAAUUUCCGUCCCGGAGUUACAAAGUCUCUUGGUGAAGAAAGGAGACGUCAAACAUUACUGCAGGAGAUGGACCGCAAGAACAAAGUUGGUGGUAUUAUGGAUCGCCGUUUCGGAGAGAACGACCCGACCAUGACCCCCGAAGAACGAGCUGCGGAACGAUUCGCCAGAGCAAGCCAGAAGAAAUUACGGAAGGAUUCAAUGUUCAAUCUAGAGGAAGACGACGAUGAAGAGGAGUUUACGCUUACUCACAAGGGCGAAUCGCUGUCGUUUGGCGAUGGGGAGGGAAUGCAGGAUGAUUUUCAGGAAGACCUCGGGGCGGACGACAUGUCGGACUCUAAUAUGCCUCGAAAGCGGAAACGGUUUAUUGGCGACCCUGAAGCUGAGGAUGAUAUGGAGUCACAAGGCGACGAGGAAGAGGUACCGGACCGGAAAAAAUCAAAGCAUGAAGUCAUGCAAGAAGUCAUCGCCAAGUCCAAGUUUUACAAAGCGCAGCGACAAAUGGCCAAGGAGGAUGAUGAUGAUCUACGUGAAGAAUUGGACAAAGGUCUACCUGAACUUUUUGACAUGCUUCGUGGAGUGAAGCCCCCACCGAAACCAGAACCACCAAAGGACGACCUCGCGGGAAUGAACCCCGAUCGUGCAGCCAUUUUGCAGGGCCAUUCGCAGGGAGACAUGGAGAAGGAAUACGAUCAGCGUUUGAAGCAACUAACAUUUGACAAGCGAUCAAUGCCUACGGAUCGUACAAAGACUGAGGAAGAAAAGGCGGAGGAAGAGGCACAACGGUUGAAGAAACUCGAGGAAGAACGAGUUCGCAGAAUGCGCGGUGAAAAUGUUAGUGAGGACGAAGCCGAGGCGGCAGAAGAAGAGGAAGAAGGCGAAGACUUUGACGAGGAUGAAUCUCUCCCGGACGACGCGAGGGACUUUGGGCUGCAACAGCCUACUACGGAUUUCUCAACCUCCCGGCCUGACGGUGUUGAGGAUGAAGAUGACUUUAUCAUUGAUGACUUGGUCGAAACAAGGUCAGAUGUCAGCUUGUCAUUUGUCGAGUCGGACGACGAAAUAAGUGAUGUCGGGGAAGAAUCCGAGGCAGAAUCCGAGGAGGAAGACGAGCUCAUCAACGGGUUUACCAUGCCAGGCACCGAGUCUGGCGAUGCAGCACCAGCUGCCGAUGCGCAAGUUGCCGAUGACGGGCUUGCAUAUACAUACCCAUGCCCGAGCAGCCACAAUGAGUUCCUGGAGACAAUCAAGGAUGUUUCAUACCAGGACCUGCCAACCAUCAUCCAGCGAAUCCGAGCUCUGCACCACCCCCGUCUUCACAGCGAGAACAAGGCCAAGCUCGGCCGCUUCGCCGGUAUCCUCGUCCAGCACGCAGCAUACAUGGCCGAACAGCGGCAACACCCGCCAUUCGCCAUUGUGGAAAGCGUUCUACGUCACAUUCACUCUCUAGCCAAGAGUCACCCUGAAAGCGUCUCAUUGGCAUUCAGAGCCCAGUUGCGCGAGGUUGCCACGGACCGCCCGCUGACCCUGCAGCCCGGAGAUCUGGUCGUUCUUACUGGCAUCGCAACCAUCUUCCCAACCUCUGAUCACUUCCACGCCGUCUCCACGCCAGCACAUCUCUGCCUCUCCCGGUACCUCGGACAGGGGCCCGUCAACACCCUGUCUGAUCUAUGCACGGGCACCUACGCCGCCAGCUUAGCCGUGCAGUACCAAACAACCUCCAGGCGGUAUAUGCCCGAAUUCCUCAACUACGUCCUCAACGCGCUGUGCAUCCUCAGCCCCGAAGAAGCCCCAUCUAAACUUGGAUCCUUCCCCCUCCGCCAACCAUCAGAAUCCCUCCGUCUCAACCCCUCAAAACCUCUAAACGCUCGAAAACUCCGGUUUUGGGACAUUUCCGCAAAAUCAACAGAGGACCUCAAACUAUCCCUCAUCAUAACCCUCUCCUCUCUCCUCAACAGCGCCUCAGGCCUCUGGUCAGGCAAAUCGGCAUCCACCGAGAUCUUUGACCAAGCGCGGGCUGUCCUCAAACACGUCUCUCGCUCCUGCGUCAACAUUAACAAAAAGACCAAGAAGGCAAAGACAAUCCCCACCUCCGCCCUCGACACCCUCCAAUCAACCCUCGACAAACUCUCAACCGUCCUCGCCCAAUCGCGCCUCACCCGCCGCCCGCUCCUUCUUCACAACCAUAAACCGCUAGCUGUCAAGACGGCGAUUCCCAAAUUCGAGGACUCAUUCAAUCCUGACAAACACUACGACCCUAACCGUGAGCGUGCCGAGGUUAACCGGCUCAAGGCAGAGUACAAGCGCGAGCGCAAGGGUGCAAUGCGCGAGCUCCGCAAGGACGCGAACUUUAUUGCGCGUGAGAAGCUGCGUGACAAGAAGGAGAAGGAUGCUGAGUAUGAGCGCAAGUAUAAGAGACUUGUCGCGGAAGUGCAGAAUGAAGAAGGAAGAGAGGCUAAUGCUUAUGAGAGGGAGAAGAGGAUGCGACAGGGAAAGAGGUAG